AUGGCGAAAACUAUUGACGGAAAGGCUAUUGCAAAGUCCAUUCGAGACCAAAUUCAAGAAGAUAUAACCGAUUUGAAGAGAAAGUACGCUAUUUUUAAACCCCAUCUUGCAAUUAUUCAAGUUGGUAAUAGAGAAGAUUCCACAAUCUACGUAAAGCAAAAGGAGAAGGCUGCUAAAGAUGCUGGAAUAGAGUUCAGCAUAGAAAAGAAAAAUGAUUCCAUCACUCAACAGGAGUUGUUGAAAUUGAUUCGUGAUCUAAAUGAUAAUCCACUAAUCCAUGGAAUACUCGUUCAACUUCCAUUGCCAGGCCAUAUUGAUGAAAAACGUGUUACGGAAGCGAUUAACCCCAAAAAGGAUGUAGACGGAUUUCACGCAAAUAAUAUUGGAAGUUUGACUAAAAGAAAUGGGAGACCUCUAUUUUUACCCUGUACCCCCAAAGGAAUACUUGAAUUAUUGAAACGAACUGGAGUUGAAAUUUCUGGUAAACGCGCCGUUGUAAUUGGACGUAGUGAUAUUGUGGGUUUCCCGAUUUUUGUUUUAUUAUCGCGAAACAAUGCCACGGCUACCCUAUGUCAUUCCAAGACCGAAAACCUUCCAGAAAUAACGGCUGAUAUUUUAGUCGUUUCUAUAGGAUGUGCGGAAUAUGUCAAGGGUGACUGGAUAAAACCUGGUGCUGUGGUUAUUGAUGUUGGAACGAAUGCAAUCGAAGACCUUACUAAAAAAUCUGGAAUUAGAUGGGUAGGUGAUGUAGAAUUUUCAACCGCAUCUAAAGUGGCAUCCUAUAUAACCCCAGUUCCUGGUGGAGUUGGACCAAUGACAGUUGCAAUGUUAAUGGAAAAUACACUUGAAAGUGCAAAGAGAUACCUUAAAGAUAGCAGCGAACGAAAUAUUUCCAUUUUACCUUUGAAACUUCAAUCUCCUGUUCCAAGUGAUAUUGAUAUAUCAAUAGCUCAAAAACCCAAGUCUAUUAAGUCUUUGGCUAAAGAAUUAAGUUUGGCACCGAACGAGUAUGAGUUAUAUGGGCAUAACAAGGCUAAGGUUAAUCUUUCGGUGCUCGAAAGAUUGAAAUCAAGAAAGAAUGGCAAAUACAUUGUUGUUACUAGCAUUACUCCUACUCCAUUAGGAGAAGGAAAAUCGACUACAACUAUUGGUAUUGCGCAGGCCUUAGGAGCUCAUUUAGGAAAGCUCGCAUUCGCGUGUAUUAGACAACCAUCUCAAGGCCCCAUAUUCGGCAUAAAAGGCGGAGCAGCUGGAGGUGGAUACUCCCAGGUGAUACCGAUGGAAGAAUUUAAUUUGCAUUUAACUGGCGAUAUGCAUGCUGUUACUGCUGCUAAUAAUCUAUUGGCGGCUGCGAUUGACACACGAAUAUUUCAUGAAAAUACACAAUCUGACAAGGCCCUUUUUAAUCGCUUAUGUCCUCCUGUAAAGGGAAUUCGCAACUUUGCGCCUGUAAUGCUGAAACGUUUAAAAAAACUUGGGAUUGAUAAAACCAAUCCUGAUGAUUUGACAUCCGAGGAAGUCAAUAAAUUUGUUAGAUUGAAUAUCGACUCUAACACUAUUACAUGGCAGAGAAUAAUGGACACAAAUGAUCGAUUUUUGCGCCGCAUAACGAUUGGUCAGUGUGAAACGGAAAAAGGACAAACACGUCAAACAGGAUUUGACAUUUCCCCGGCAUCCGAAUGUAUGGCAGUACUUGCAUUAAGUACAUCAUUGGCUGAUAUGCGUGAAAGAUUAGGUAGAAUGGUGGUAGCCACUGAUAGAUCUGGAAAUUCAAUAACAGCUGAUGAUCUUGGAGUAGGAGGGGCAUUAACAGUGCUAAUGAAAGAUGCAAUAAAUCCAAAUCUUAUGCAAACAUUAGAAGGAACUCCGGUGUUUGUCCACGCAGGACCGUUUGCUAACAUUGCUCAUGGUAAUAAUUCAAUAUUGGCUGAUAAGAUCGCUUUGAAAUUAGCGGGAGCAGAAUGUGAUAGGGAAGGUAACGUAAUUGAAGGUGGAAGGUAUGGAUACGUGGUGACGGAGUCUGGAUUUGGCGCUGAUAUGGGAAUGGAAAAGUUUUUUAACAUCAAGUGUAGAAUAUCUGGUCUGAUACCUGAUGCUGUCGUGUUAGUGUCUACUGUAAGAGCUUUAAAGAUGCACGGAGGUGGUCCGACAGUUACACCAGGAAAGCCGUUACAUGAAGCAUAUUUCAGUGAAAAUCUCGAAUUAUUAGAAAAAGGAUGCGAGAACUUAGUUAAACAUAUCCAAAACGCAAGAAAAUAUGGAUUACCGGUUAUAGUUGCUAUUAAUAAAUUUACGGCCGAUACCGAAUCAGAAUUGUCAUUAAUUCGUAAGAUUUCCAUAGAGGCUGGGGCUACCGAUGCAGUACCGACUUCCCACUGGGAGUUAGGUGGGGCAGGAGCUGUUGAGUUAGGGAAAGCAAUAAUUAAAGCAACGGAAGACGAAACAGAAAAACGAGAAUUCAAAUUUUUAUAUGACGUCGAAAAACCCAUUGUAGAGAAGAUUGAGAUUAUUGCAAAGGAGAUGUAUGGCGCUGAUGGAAUAGAGUUAAGCGAACUAUCAAAGGAAAAGGUGAAGUUGUACACUCAACAGGGAUUCGCAAAUUUACCGGUAUGCAUGGCCAAAACCCAUUUAUCUCUCUCGCAUGACCCAACUCUCAAAGGUGCUCCUAAGGGAUUUAUUGUACCGAUCCGUGAUAUUAGAGCUUCUGUUGGUGCUGGAUUUCUGUACCCAUUAUUGGGCGAAAUGCAAACGAUGCCUGGAUUACCUACUCGGCCAUGUUUCUUUGAUGUCGAUUUGGAUCCGGAGACUGGUAGAAUCUACGGGUUAUUUUAA